GGAGGCAUGUUGUGUUGCUAUGAUCAAACAAAGUGUAAAGUGAGGAAAGGCUUUCAGGGGGUCAAGAGAAGUCUCUACCUCAGAUAUACUGUGGACUGGAUUGAUUGGACUGAUUCUAUUUUGCCUGUAAAGAUCUAUACUUUUGAUGUUACUGAUACUUGGAAUGGUUUGAACUUUGAACAUCAUUGUCAAGUGUGUAACAAGGUGAUGGGGGCCCGCGGCUUAGGUCGUGUGACAAGGAGGCUUGACUCGUGGGUCUACGGUGUGGCUCGACUCGUAGGUCUAUGGCGUGGCUUGACUCGUGGGUCUACGACAGUCUUGUACCAGAUUGAUGAUGAUGAGAAAAUCACCAUGAUUGAUUUUCCUCAAAUGGUUUCGGUAUCUCAUCGUAAUGCGCAGAUGUACUUUGACCGCGAUGUUGAAUGUGUCUUUAAGUUCUUUUGAAAGAGUAAACAGGAAUUUACUCUCCAAGAUAAAGAAUCCACAAAAUGAUACCAUUGAAGUUGGGCCGAGAGAUUUAAAGCUGACCUUUUCGUCUACCUCAGGACAACUAAAACAGAUGUACAAUUCUAAAACUGAGGUAAGUUGUUUAAUUUCAUAAAGUAACCAUGGAAAUAUUUCUUAACCCAGUAGUUACAUAUUAUAAAAUCAGGCAAGCCAACCACAAAUGGGCACUAAAAAUGGAAUGCUAACUUAAGUUUAUACCUCAGGACUUCUGAUCUGUUAUCUAAUUUCAUGCAUUUUACAGG